AUGGCUGCACCCCAACAGGCGUUGCCCGACAUGUCUAAUGCCAUAGUGGCACAAGAUGAGAUGGGGAGACCAUUCAUCAUAGUUAGGGAUCAAGGAAAGAAGCAGAGAAAACGCGGUAUUGAGGCUACUAAAUCGCACAUUUUGGCCGCCCGUUCGGUGGCUUCGAUUGUUCGUACAUCAUUAGGACCUCGUGGAUUAGACAAGAUAUUGAUCAGUCAGGAUGGCGAGAUCACCAUUACCAAUGAUGGUGCCACUAUUUUGUCGCAAAUGGACAUUGACAAUGAGAUUGCAAAGUUAUUGGUUGAAUUGUCGAGAUCACAAGAUGACGAAAUCGGUGAUGGAACUACAGGUGUGGUUGUACUUGCUGGAGCGUUGUUGGACCAAGCUUUGGGAUUGAUCGAAAAGGGAAUCCACCCGCUCAAAGUCGCAAACGGGUUUGAUGAGGCUUGUAAACUUGCAUGCGACCAGCUCGAUAAAGUUGCUGACGAGAUUCAUUUCUCGAGAGAUACUACCGACGGCAACUUGUUAAGAGCCGCCAAGACAUCAUUGGGCAGUAAAAUUGUGUCCAAGGCCCACGAUCACUUUGCACAAAUGGCAGUGGAUGCUGUGUUGUCAGUUGCCGAUUUCGAACGUAAAGAUGUUGAUUUCGAACUCAUAAAGAUGGAAACUAAAGUGGGUGGUGCUAUUGAAGACUCAUCGUUAAUCAAGGGCGUUUUGCUCGAUAAGGAGUUCUCUCACCCUCAAAUGCCUAAGAAGGUGGAAGACUGUAAGAUUGCUAUAUUAACCUGUCCUUUCGAGCCUCCAAAGCCAAAGACCAAACACAAGUUGGAUAUAUCCACAGUGGAAGAAUUCAAAGCUCUUCAAGAGUACGAACAGAAAAAGUUUCAAGAAAUGAUAGACUACGUCAAAGAGUCUGGCGCCAAUGUUGUGGCUUGUCAGUGGGGAUUUGACGACGAAGCAAACCACUUGUUGUUAGCUAACGACUUGACUGCCAUCAGAUGGGUUGGAGGUUCAGAGUUGGAGCUUUUGGCCAUUGCUACCAAUGGACGUAUAGUUCCUCGGUUUGAGGAUUUGACACCGGAAAAGCUUGGUCAUUGCGGAACCAUCAAGGAGUUGGAGUUUGGAACCACUCGUGACAGAAUGCUUGUCAUUGAAGAUUGUUCCAAUACAAAGGCAGUGACAUGUUUCAUUCGUGGUUCAAACGAGAUGAUUGUAGCUGAAGGGUCCAGAGCUUUGCACGAUUCGCUUUGUGUGGUGAGAAAUUUAAUCAGAGAUAAUAGAGUGGUUUACGGAGGAGGUGCUGCCGAACUUACAUGCUCAAUUGCAGUUUCUGCGUCUGCUGAUGAGCAAACUGGUAUCGAUCAAUAUGCAUUCCGUGCUUUUGCAGCAGCCUUGGACGUAAUUCCAAUGACAUUAGCGGAAAACUCCGGUCUCGAUCCUAUCGAAACCUUGUCUACGCUCAAGUCAAAGCAAGUGAACGAGGGUUCGUCUCGUUUAGGAGUGGACUGCUUGGGUAAUGGAACAAAUGACAUGAAAGAGUUGUUCGUCAUAGAUCCAUUGAUCGGCAAGAAACAGCAACUUUUAUUGGCCACGCAAUUGACAAGAAUGAUCCUCAAGAUCAACGAUGUCAUUAUCUCCGGCAAGGAUGAGUAUUAA